AUGAGCGAUUACCGUUUCAAAGGUCCUACUCCCGCUGCUAGAAAGUUUCUCGUUGAUAAGUUCAAUCAAGAGUUUAAUAUUAACGUAACAUACCACUUCUUCAAAGAAAAACUUGAUCAAUUUAAAAGAAAAUACAAGAAGUACAAACAUCUUAUGAAAAAUUCUACGGGCAUUUCGGUUGAUCCUACUACAUCUGUGAUAUCUGCGUCUGAUUCAUGGUGGAAAGAUCGUGAAUCUCAAUACUCUUUGCACCAAAGAAGAGAAGAGUUGAUGAAUGAUGGUCAAAAUAAUGAUGAAGGUUAUUAUUACUCUGAAACAUAUGGUGGUGAUAUGCAACACACACAGAUUCCUGAAACGCAAGAAAAUGAAGAAAUUCCCAAUUCCAGAGUUCAACAACGAGGUGGACUAAGGCGUGGAAGUAGUUCACAAAGAGGUGCAGGGAACUCUCAGACCUCUGUCAAAAGUGGAUCCCAAGGAAGUCGAAGAAAACAAUCAUUCGAGACAACCCUGACAGAUACAAUGACUGGCUUUAGAGAGUUUCAGCGCCAAAGUUUACAACAACUACGUCCAAAUUCUUUUGACGAAGAUGAUUACAUUGAAUUCGAUACUGCUGUGAAGAUAUUUGAAUCAAUGGAGCUUCCAAAUGAAACCAAUUUCUAUUGGGCGUGCAUUCAUGCAUUCAAAGAAGAAAGAUUUUGGCGCAAGUACUUUAUUGACAGAGCUGAAAGAACCACAGAAGAUAAGUUGAAGUUUUUACAAGCUCUUACUGGAUAUACACGGGACAACGAAUUCGUGGGAAAGCGGUUAGAAUCUGGACAAAAGUUUGGUAGUCCAACUUGUGCGCAAUGGAGUUCGGGUUUUCAACAAUGGGGAACACCUCCAAAUCCACCACAAUUGGGUACACCUCCAAGUGCUCCGCAAUGGGGACCAUCGCCAAAUGCCACGCAAUGGAGUUCACCUUCAAAUGCUCCACAGUGGGGCACACCGCCAAAUUCCCCACAAUGGGGUAGACCACCAAAUGCACCGCAAUGGAGUUCAUCUCCAAAUGCUCCGCAGUGGGGUACACAACAUGUUCCACAAUGGGGUGCGCCUCAAAAUUCUCAACAAUGGGGUUCACCACCAAGUACUCAACAAUGGGGUCCUACAUCUGCGGUUCCACAAUGGGGCUCAUCACCGACCACUCAUCAAUGGGGAUCAUCACAAGAUGCUCCAAAAAUAUUCCUCCGAGAAAUGUUCAACGUGGAUUUUCCCUAG